AUGGCCAUGCCCACCGACUCCCUCUCCCCGACAUGGCGCCCUCCAAAGUCGCCUCUCCCGCCCCACCGCCUGGCCAAGCUCGCUAAUGCCCUCGGCGUCGCCACCCCCAUCCCCGCCGCCCCGCCCCGCCCCGCCCACGACCCCCUCCCCAGUCCUGUCCUCGACCCCCAUUCCCGCCUCUCCCCUACGCCCUCCACCGCCGCCUCUGCCCGCUCCUUUGCCGCCCUCCAGCCCCCCACCUCCAAGUUCCUCCUCCAUGUCGUGCCCCCCGCCCAUCUCCCCCACAGGGCCGCCGACCCCCAUCUGCGCCGCGGCACCCUCGUCCCUGUCCACCCCACCCUCCAUGCCCAGCUCGGCGCCAUCGCAAAGGAGUACGCGCUCCCGUCCCCCGCCGGCCUUGUCCUCUACCUCGUCACCCAGUCCCAGGAGGCUGCCGACGAGCCUGGCCCCCGUCUGUCCGAGGACAUCUGGCGCCAUCUCUGGACCCGCGUCCUCCGUGCUGAGCAGCGCGACGAUGUCCUCAGUCCAUCCCUCAGUCCCCUCUCUUCACGCAGCGUCACUCCAGCUACCCCGCGCACCCCCUUUGCUCUUGCCCCAGCCGCUCGCUCAACCCCCUUCCUCCCCCAGGAAAAUGCACCUGCAACAGGCCCCCUGCGUCCCCUGCUCUCCAUCUCUAGCACCGCUCCCACUGACUUUCCCCCAUACUCACCCCAGGCCUCCUAUUCCUCCUCCCCUUCCUCUCUCUCUGACAUACGCGCAGCCCACAACAAAUCUGCCCCUCCCUCCUCUUCCACUUCCCAUUCCCACUCCGAGGCAGAGGAGGCGUCUACCCCAGACACAUCUGUCGUAGAUGACGCGAGCGGGCUACCACUACCCGGCCUCACAUCCCCCUCGCUUAUCCCCAUCCUCGCCAAAGUCGAAUUCGACAUUGAUAAGCGCAAGGCCGCCUGGUACGAGCCAUGGCUGCGCAGCCGUCGCGCAAACCAGGCAAAGCGCGCCCGUGUCGAGAAGGAAAAGAAGGGCAAGGCGGAGCAGAGAGAGGGUAGUGAGAGCGGGGACGCAGAGGAGGAGGGAACCAGGGCCGCGCCGAUUGAGCUCUUGAUGGGCAAAAAGGACACGAAGGAUCCAUUCGGACUCGCCUCAGCUCCUGUCACUGUGCCCAUCGAGCCAGAGGAGGAGGAGGAGGUAGCAGCCGAAAACGGAUAUGCACGUCUCUCAGACGAUGACAGCGACGACGACGACGAAUUUGCAGAAGAAAAUACGGCGCGCGUUAUGCCUCCACCACCCCCCGACGCCGAUCCGCUGAGCGACGUGUUCGGGAACGAUGCAGAUACCUGGGCCGAGAUUCACGCUGAACGACCGAAAUCCAAACACCUCUCCAACCCUAACAUUGUUCCUCUCGCGCUGACCGCACAGGAACUCGAAGACGACUCUCAUGACCAAAACGACCACCACGAUGACAACGACGACGAGACGAAAUCGACGAAAGAAGAAGACGAGGUAUUUGAGAUGUUGGAUAUGAUGGGCAACCCCAAACUCGCAAUGUCGCUACCGUCGCCUGAAAAGCCGCAUUCGCCAGAUAUGGGUGCGACCCCACGCAAGAUCCCCCCGCCGCUUGUACUGAAAGGGAAAGACAAGUCGGUCGUUUCUGCCCUUGUCUCUGCUACCAAGGAGGACAGCGGCUCGAGUGCAGUGGGUUCGCCUGGUUCUGCGGGCCUUGCGUAUCUGCGAGAGGGGGAUGUGUCCCCUCAGAGUCAGGGGUCAACGGAGGAGAAGGAGAAGGCAGAGGAGGUGUAUGUGACGCGCGUGCGUAGCCCGACAGAGUCGCUGGAAAAGCGCGCAGGCGCCGUGUUUGACGAUUUGGACUUUGACCUUGGACUGGAUCCUACUGAGGACUUUGACGAAGACGACCCUCAUGACCGACGGAGGAGCCAAUAUCUCAUGCGCGCUCAGCUCGACGAUCUCGAAAAGACAAUGGCCCAACUCUCCCCACGAAUUCUCAACCUCAGCCUCGAGGACGAGCCACACAACAUGAGUUUCGGUAGUUCAGCCACGGGCCUCUCGCCGCGCUCCAUGGGCGCGAAAACUGUAUCGCUCUCGCCGGGACGCAAUUCAGAUCUCUUGCCUUCGACGACGCUGACGGGCUCGCCGCGCCUUCCGCGGCAUCCUGAGCCUGAUCCGGCUGAUGGUCCUAUGUCAUGGCCCGCAGUUCCCUUCUCGGCGAUCAAAGACCGCGAGGCGUCCUCUUCCAGCAACGCAGACGCGCCCCCGUCUCCACCGCGUCUCGCGGUCAACGGCGUCACGACCUCUGCGCCCCGCUCGUACAUGCCCAGUCGCGCACCCACAGGCAGCGGUCUUUCUGAAAGCGAGCGCCGGAAGAAGCUAGAGGAUAACGAGCAGGCGCUGUACCCUGGAUCCUCCUCUGUACCUCCUCCGCCGAAUAGCAACAAUAACACGAUCACCAUUAACAGCAGCGGGACGGGCGCAGAGUCACCAGUGAUACCGCUCUCGCCUGACCCCUUUGGGCGUCACGGACCAUCGCCGUCUCCUUCUUCGCCAGAACCAAUUGUUAUGACAGGCGCUCAGUGGGAUACGAUGACGAUAGGAAAAGGUGGUGGGCUGUCGCCUGAUGCGUUUGGCGCCCACCAGCAGCAUCUGCACUCGCCGUUUUUGGCGCAGCAGCAACAGCAGCCGAUGCCUAUGUCAAUGCAGGGGCAAGGACAAGUGCAAGGGAGAGAGCGCUCGAACACCACCACGAGCCGGUUCUCUGCUGACUCGCUCAAGGGCGACGAGGUCGCUGCGUCCCUCGCCUCGGGCUCUUCAUCGUCACUCGCUACCGCGUCGAGUGGGAGCCUCGCCCCGGCGAAAAACCAGAACAGGGCGACACUGAUGUCAGUCAAGAGCAUCAAGAAACUCUGGAGGAAGAGCAACAACAAGUCGCAGGGCGGGUCGAGCGCGAGCAAUACCGUGCCGGUCCCCGCGCUGCCUCCUAUCCAAACCAAAAUGCAAAAUCAAAAUCAGACGCAUGUGCGGGGACAGAGCUCGGUCUCGAUGCCGCCUCCGACACCAACGUCCGCGUCGAUGUCGAUGGCACAGAAGGCUGCCGCCUCCGGGCGCACCUCGCCUCUUGUCCCGCCGCAGCGCCCUACCCGCCCGUCGGAGGAACAACUCGAUUUGCCGGAUGUGCCGGAUAUACCGGCCUCGGCACAUGUGCACGCGGCGUACCCUGCGAGCGGGCGGGCGUCUGCCCAGUCGAUGGCGUCGAUGACGGUGCCGCAGGCGCAGGCGCAGAUGCCGAUGAAUGGCGCGGGGGUGGGCGCUGGUGGCGGGCGGCUGUCGCCCCAGCCUUCAUUGUCGGGGUCGGUGGGGAGGCCGUCGUUGGAUGGACAUAGACCUUCUUUGGAACAGCAGCAGUUUCAGCAGCAACAGCAACAGCAGUUUCAACAACAGCAAUUUCAACAGCAGCAGCAACAGCAACAGUUUCAGCAACAACAAUUUCAACAGCAGCAGCCGUUUCAGCAGUACCCACACCCACAGCAGCAGCAACAUUUUCACCAACUCUCUGUCCCCUCUUAUCCCGGGAGGAACCCUAACCCGGGGCCUAUAAUCACCCCGCAUAUGAAAGCCGGUAAAGCAGCCACAUCGGGGCUCGAUCGUCUGCACUUUGACCAGGAAUCGCCUUACCCUAUGCCCGCGCGCCGCUCACCCCAGCCGCAAUCGCAAUCUAUGCGCCAGUCCCCUAUCCCCACCUCGCCGCCACCACUGCCCGGGCAUACCAUAGUGUCGUCCGACCAGGAACAGCAGAACCUCGCACGCAAGUCGAUUCUGCGGUGGAAGUCUGCUGCAGCGAGCACGACAGCGGGGUCCGCGCCGCCUACGCCCGUCGAGCUGCAGCCGCGGUCCGCGAGCGCGCGCGGGCGGCGGCCUAGCGCGGCUAACCUCGGUGGAAGCAGUAGCAGCAGCAGCAGCGGUGCCGCGUCCGCUCGCGCGUCGGUGACGUCACCUGACCUGCUACCGCCGCCAAGCCCACAAGUUCCAACGCAGUUUGCGGACCACCGCGCGUCGCAGCGCUCGCGGCUGACGACGUCGUCGACGGAGGACGCGGCGUCCGGGUCGUACUCGCCGCCGAAGCGGCAGGCGUCGCUGCUGAGCCAGGCGUCGUCGCUUGACGCACGGUCGAUGGCGUCCUCGCGCUCGCGCGAUUCGCAGGGCUCGCGGCCGAGCUUUGAUGCAUCCCAGUUCGAGUUUGUGUCGCCCAAGGCUGGCGGCACGUUGAGUUAUCCGUACAACACCAUUGAUCGUUAG